AUGCCUGCAGGCUAUCCUCCCACUCCCACGCUGCUGAGGAAUCUCGGCCGCGUUAUCAGAGAACAACACCCUCCUUCUCGUCCCAGCCCUUCCCUUCUCCGCUUACGACCACGACCACAACUCCAAGUCCGAUCAGCGGCAACUUUCACACACCGACAACAUGCGCAAGCCAUCUCUAUCUUGCCCACCCUGGUGGACAAAUCCAGCCCGGACUUCAAGGACAAUGCGGCACAGCUGACCGAGGUCAUGUCCAAAUAUGCCGACCUACAUCAGAGAACCAGCCGGGGCGGAUCAGAAAAGGCACGGGAGAAACACGUUAAAAAGGGGAAGAUGCUUCCACGAGACCGGGUCACAGCACUCAUUGACCCUGGAAGUCCGUUCCUGGAACUGUCGGCCCUCGCUGCAAAUGGAGUCUACGACGAAGAUAUACCUGCAGCCGGUGUCAUAACCGGGAUUGGAACUGUCGAGGGCGUGACCUGUAUGAUAGUCGCCAACGAUGCGACCGUCAAGGGCGGUUCGUACUACCCACUGACGAUCAAGAAGCAUCUCCGGGCCCAGGAAAUCGCCCAGCAAAACAGACUGCCGUGCAUAUACCUGGUGGACUCUGGUGGAGCAAACUUGCCUAAGCAAGCCGACGUCUUUCCUGACCGAGACCAUUUCGGCCGCAUCUUUUUCAACCAAGCGAGGAUGAGUAGUUUGGGAAUCCCGCAGAUCGCCGUCGUCAUGGGCCCAUGUACCGCUGGCGGGGCCUAUGUGCCGGCCAUGUGCGACGAGUCCAUCAUCGUGGAGAACCAGGGUACCAUUUUCCUGGCCGGUCCUCCGCUCGUCAAGGCGGCCACAGGAGAAGUCGUGUCUGCCGAAGAACUCGGCGGCGGCCAGCUCCACAGUACCAUCUCCGGGGUGACGGACUAUCUCGCGGUGGACGACGCCCACGCCCUCGUCCUAGCCCGCCGCUCCAUCGCAAAUCUCAAUUACCCAAAGGAACAGCCUGCGCCAGAAGAAGUCCGCGAGCCGCUCUACGACCCGGAGGAUCUGGCUGGAAUCGUAGGCACAAAUCUUCGCAAGCAGAUUCCUAUGCAUGAGAUCAUUGCUCGCAUCGUGGACGGCAGCGAGUUUGCCGAGUUCAAGAAGGACUACGGCACGACACUGCUGACAGGGUUUGCAAAGAUACACGGCUAUCAAGUUGGCAUCGUCGCCAACAACGGCAUCUUGUUCUCCGAGUCGUCUCUGAAAGGCGCACACUUCAUUGAGCUGUGCUGCCAACGCAACAUUCCGCUGGUUUUCCUUCAGAAUAUCAGUGGGUUCAUGGUCGGCGCCGAUGCCGAGAAGGGCGGAAUCGCCAAAAACGGUGCCAAAUUGGUCACGGCGGUCGCUUGUGCCAAUGUCCCCAAGUUCACGGUUGUGGUGGGCUCGAGUGCGGGCGCUGGCAACUACGGAAUGUGUGGCCGAGCGUAUUCGCCGCGGUUCCUGUGGAUGUGGCCCAACGCGAAGAUCGGAGUCAUGGGCCCCGAUCAGUUGACGGCUGUCAUGGAGACGGUCGGCAAAUCCGUCGACCCGGAGCUGCGCGAUCGCAUUGAACGAGAAAGCGAUGCGGCCUUCUCCUCGGCCAGGCUGUGGGAUGACGGCGUCAUUCCCCCGGCGCAAACUAGAAACAUGCUUGGGAUGGGCCUGAAGGCUGCGUUGGGCGGCAUUUCGGACGACGCAAGCACCAAGUUCGGAGUCUUCAGGAUGUAA